GUUCGUUUCCCGAGUUCAUUUCUACAAUCAAAAACGCGCAAUUCUUGUACUUGCGCAUCUUCACUUCGUGACCUUGGGACCUCCAAGACGAGCAUACGGAGCAGCAGAAUGCCUUUCUCCUUCAACGAAGCGCAAACUGCGAUUCUUGACCGGUAUUGGGACCAAAGACGGUACCUUUUCAAAAAUGGCCGUCUACCAAAGAGAACCAGCAUGAGCGUAGCAGUUCAAUGCGCUGAGGUCGGGCCAUUUGUAUCUUCUCAAAUCAUUGGCAGGCAUUUUGCGAACCGCGUGGCAGCAGAGGAAGGUCGCCCGCGAGCCCAUCGCAAAACUCCUAGACAAUUCGAGCUGUUGGGAAACAGUUUUGAGGAUGACCCAUUCCCUUCAACUGGCGAACUUAUCUUGCUGGUUCAUGAGAGUGGCUUGAAGCCGCAGCAAGUGAAGAGCUGGUUCGACGGUCAAAGGCAGAAGGCAUCCAAGAAAGGCGAGCUUCUCACUACACGAAACAGGGAAAAUGACCCAGAUAGUAAUGACUCAGCCAAGAUGUGGAGAGCCUUUAAGAAGGAUCCAGGGAGUUAUUGCAAGGCGUUGUGCCGAGGAGAGAUCUCGCCAGUUACUGGUAAAGCCCAAGAGGUCGAGCUCGACGAGGAAGAGGGUGACGAGGAGAGUGAGGUAGACGAGGAAGGCGAGGCUAAGGGCGGUGACGAUACAAAUCAACAGAGUGAAGAGCUUAUGUACGGACCAGAAGAAUCGCGAGAAGAAUAGCGGGAGUAGACAAUCGUCAGCUAGGAGCAAACAAGGACGAGUAAUUGUUCUUCAAUCUCGAGGAAAUACAUACCAAUCUCUACAUAAGUUCCUCUAUU